ACUAACAAGGGCAGCUUACAUUGUUCGUCGCUGAAGUUAUUUUAUUGGCAAUCCUUCCCCAAAUCAGCACCGAUAGGAAAUGGCUUCAAUUGCUGGAAUCCGGUUAACCAAAACCCUAAUUUUCUCUUCUCCGCAAACCCUAACAAAACCCCUUCAAAUCCCACAAUUCUUAUCCCUAAAUCAACGCAUACGGUUCCCUUCUGGAAGAACCCACCAGAAAACAGCCGUAAAAAUGUCGAGCUCGAGCUUCAGCCCAAGCGCACCCGCCGGCUCGUCGUCUACCGGACUGUACUCUUCAAAGCAAUUCGAGCUCACCGCUCAAAACGUGGACCUUGUUCUUGAUGACGUGAGGCCUUACUUGAUUGCCGAUGGCGGAAACGUCGACGUUUUGUCCGUUGAAGAUGGCAUCAUCUCGCUUAAACUCCAAGGAGCAUGUGAGAGUUGCCCUAGUUCAACAACAACCAUGAAAAUGGGGAUCGAAAGGGUUUUGAAAGAAAAAUUUGGGGAUGCAGUCAAGGAUAUUCGACAAGUAUACGAUGAUGAACAAAAGGAAACUACUGUUGAGGCAGUGAAUCGUCAUCUUGAUAUUUUGAGACCAGCUAUUAAGAAUUAUGGUGGGAGUGUGGAAGUAUUGUCUAUUGAGGAAGGGGAAUGUGUUGUGAGUUAUACAGGGCCUGAAACUAUUGGAUCAGGGAUCAAAGCUGCAAUUAAGGAGAAAUUCCCAGAUAUUACCAAUGUUGUAUUAACUGGCUAGCUUUUCCAUUUUCAUAUCAGAAGCUGAAAGUUUUGGCCUUUUGUUUAUUUUUUUCUUUUUCACUGGUAAUGCCUGUUUCUUUUAGAUAAUAGAUAGACAAAGUACAUGGGGAUGGUGAUUAAAUGUUGUGUCUGUAUGCAAAGAUUCAUCCUUAUUUUCAUGGUCAUACAUGUAAAAUCUUAUACAGGUAUUCAAUAAUUUCAUAUGGAAAUCGAAA